AUGUCCUGCUCCAGCCUGUGCUCUCCCUGUGGGGUGGCCGCCCCUUGCCCCCUGGCCGACACCUGCAACGAGCCCUGCGUGCGGCAGUGCCCUGACUCCAACGUGGUGAUCCAGCCCCCUCCUGCUGUGGUCACCUUCCCUGGGCCCAUCCUCAGCAACUUCCCCCAGUCUAGCUUUGUUGGAUCCUCAGGAGCCCCUGUGAUGGGAGGCUUUGGAGGCCGUGGGGGCUAUGGAGGCUAUGGAAGCUGGGGUGGCUAUGGAGGCCUUGGGGGCUAUGGAGGCUAUGGAGGCCUUGGAGGCUGGGGUGGCUAUGGAGGCUUUGGGGGCUAUGGAGGCUUUGGGGGCUACGGAUGCUAUGGAGGCCGUGGGGGCUGGGGUGGUUAUGGAGGCCUUGGAGGCUGGGGAGGCUAUGGAGGCUUUGGGGGCUGUGGGGGCUAUGGGGGCUGGGGUGGCUAUGGGGGCUGGGGCCGUGGCUGUGGGUCCUGCUAA